GGGAAAAGCGGAAAACAAGUACAACUUCCUGCGCGUGGGAAUGACAAAGUACAACAAUUAAAACCGUCGUCGGGGUACAAGCCCCAGAAAGAUUUGUUUCCACUCAUGCUGCUGAGCAGCCCUUUCAUUGUAAGUGGAAACUGUUUGACGAGUUUGGGAGGUGUAUAGCGAUGAGAAGAAACUGACCGAUGUCAUCAAUUUUGGUACGCUUUGGCUUCAAACAAACGAGUUGGAUGAUACUUAGGGUUUUUUUACGCUAAUUACAGGCGAACCACACAGAUUUUACAAUUUAUGAAUGCUGUUUACAUGUAACAUGGAGGAGAAAUUGUACAGAAUUAUGAAAUAACCAGCGAAAACUGCUAAGAAGCAUCUGGUUGUAUCCGACAGCCCCGGCGAGGACCUGAAACUCAGGAUAUUGUGUAAACAUGAAGUUGAACCAACCUCACUGAUUCCAAAUAUGGUAGUCAGUAAAAGCAGUGGCAGUGAUUAACGCGAUCCAAUUACACAGUUUGGAUUUCUAUAAAGGUGCACUUUGGGUAGCGAUCGCCUGCUAAUUUCACUAAAAUCCACAGAAUGGUUGUAAUCGCUGAGCCAGACGAACUGAAGGCAGAAGAGCUGCUUUGCAGCGGCUUCAUGUUGUUCACAGAACACAUCUUCAAACUUUCCGAAGACAAGGAUUCAUUCACCGGAGAAUUGCCUGUUGAUUGUACACAAUUUAACGCAGAUGAUACCUUGAGUGAAGAAUUUGAAAACCCACGAAACUCCACAGAUACAUCCACAUGGCGAGAAAACAGACCAGCAAUGAAAGUCUCCUUGAAGAAGAGUGCCUGGUUUGCAUUUCAGGUAACAGUGCUAACUGGUGGCUUUAUAGGUGUUGGGUGCAUCUUCUUUAUAUACUUUCAAAUGAAGAUAAUUUUCGUCUGCGAUUGGAAGGCACUCCGUGAUUCGUCCAUCCCUCUAGAAAAAAAGCGACCGCGUAUCAUUGGUGAAUCGUACCUGGCUUCAACUCUCUACCUCUGGCAGCCACUGAUGUUGCUAUUUGUGUUCAGAUGGCCUCUAAUCAAACAAGUUAACUUAGUUACGUUUACGUUGAUUGGAAUUUUCUUUGAUCUCGCCUACAGAUUUUUGGUUGCUGUCUAUGGGUUGUACUACCCUCCGUGGAUUCCAUAUCCACUGAAUAUUCUUUAUUUAAUUAUGAUUCUUGUCCAAAGUUUUUCUGUCGGGCGUAUUUUCAGAGGUAAUAUAUUUAGUGCAAGUUUAUUCGGAUUUAAGCUCUGUGCGCAGUUCAUCAUAGGGGCCCCAGUGUUUUGUUUGUUCGCGUCCGUCUUGUGUCCACUGUUUGCGCACCUCGAAGGUAUUUUAAAAGUCGCCAUGAUUGCUCUUUCAUAUUCAGUCGGCAUAAUACCUAAGAUACUCUCAAAGCGAUGUGUCUCAGGAUUGUACGUUAUAAACCCAGGCUUUUCAUAUGUUUUGGUGUCUACUGCAUCUAGCGCGGUUUGCAUGGCAGUGAAAUUUAUGCUGGCCGAAUUUAAAAGCCUUUGGGCGUUUAUUGCGUUAAGUAUCGGCGAACAAACCAUUCACCUAGUGUACCAACUAAUCGUCAAAGCUGGAGAAUCUCACGAGGAUAAAUCACAGUAUGAGAGAAUUUUACUCUCUGGGUUGGAAGCAGAUCCCACAGGACCAUUUAGUGCCGCCAAAAUGAAAGAACGUCGAUCUCAGAGGCUAGCCGCUGACCUAACAAUACACGAAAUGAUGUCUAGCGCUGCCGCAGUUGUCCUCUCAGUUGGACUUAUGACAGUUUAUGGUAUAAUUCACCGGAUCCUGCGUCCUGAAGAGUACCAGGAAAUGAUUGUGGAUCUUUUGAUACGUAUAGUUUUAGCGCUGCUUGUAGAGAUAAUGUUCAACGUAAUAUUUGUGAUGAUGCUAACUCGUACAAGAAAUAUUCCAGUUCUUAAAGUAUGGAAUGUAAAAUGGAAAUCGCAUCUUAUUGUUUGUAUAGUUACUGUCUAUAUGAUUGUAAAUUAUUAUGCAAACAAAAUUUUGCUGAUUCUCAGCACACUACACGAAGCUGAGGGGAAGAUUGAUAAUUGUUAAUUAGGCAGAGAUUUUAACUUUCUUUUCAGCACAACCACAGAUAUAAAGAUGCUGUUCACUUUGUUCUCAGGUUUCAGAAAAAGGUAUUAAAAUACAGGCCUCACUGUCAAUAGAAGUCUUAAACCAUGUAGUAAAAAAAAGCGUCUCAUUAUCAUAACUUUAGUACGAGUCUUGUUCUGAUAACUACA